AUGCACCGCCGUGGAAAGCCCGUGACCAUGGUAUGUGAUAACAGUAUAGUACAAGGUAUUGGAAUUUAGAAUUUGGAACAAUGGAUGAUCCCGAGGUUUGAAGAAACAAUCCAAGCCGGACCAGGUUGGAACUCUACCUUUUCCACAACAACGAGGAAAAGUUCCAUAUCUAGGUUUGAUGUUACUGAUUGUUCUUUGUGGAGGAGCCGGGUAAGCGACUGUUUUUUCUUUUCAAAGAUUCUAAUUUGACUAAAAAAUAAUUUUCUUUCCUUUUUAGCAAUACACUGUAGCCUUGGAAGAGGAAAGUCGGGCCAAGGAAAAUAUGCCUAUGCCUGAAAGUUCGUUGUUGAAAAGCGGAGUAAGUGUUUAAAGGUGUAGUAUCGUCUAUUUGAGAUAAGCAUAUAUUCUCUUCUUUUUUUGCAGGAGAAUGAUGUACUUGGAACCACCUUUCUAAAUGUGACUGAUGGAAGCCUAUGGAGAACAAAAAUUAAUGGGAGCCGGGUAAGGGACUGUUUUUUCUUUUCAAAGAUUCUAUAUUUGACUAAAGAAUAAUUUUCUUUCCUUUUUAGCAAAACACUGUAGCCUUGGAAGAGGAAAGUCGCGCCAAGGAAAAUAUGCCUAUGCCUGAAAGUUCGUUGUUGAAAAGCGGAGUAAGUGUUUAAAGGUGUAGUAUCGUCUAUUUGAGAUAAGCAUAUAUUCUCUUCUUUUUUUGCAGGAGAAUGAUGUCCUUGGAACCACUUUUCUAAAUGUGACUGAUGGAAGCCUAUGGAGAACAAAAAUUAAUGGGAGCCGGGUAAGGGACUGUUUUUUCUUUCAAAGAUUCUAUAUUUGACUAACGAGGGAAUGGUCUGAACUUCCCCCAGCGUUUGGGAAAAUGACUAGUACAGGCGGAUAGGGCAGGUCAACUUUAGUAAAAAGAGCCAUUUUCCAGCUGCGAAAUAAGCCUAGCCGACGAGAAAAAUCGACCGAAAGUUCCACAAAAAUUUCCUCUUUCUCUUCCCUCGGAAAGAAGAGCGGUGUCCAGUGGUUCGGUUAGCCGAGUGGAUAAAGCAUCCGCUCGAUAUUCUUUUGGGGGUUGGUUCGAUUCCGGGGUCUCGCGAAGGAACGUGAUAAGGCUUUGAUGAGCGAGAUCAAACUCUAACAACCCAAAAAAAUUUAUUUUGCCUUUUUCAAAGUCAAGUCUAUCACAAACAAGUAUAACUUUGACGUUUCAUCGCUUUGAAGGUUCGGAAGCACCCAAAAAUUCAUUUGUUGACGAUUAUUGUUUUGGUAUAAUGCCUCUAAAAACGUAUAAAAAUGGCAAAACAUUUUUUUUGGGUUGUUAGAGUUUGAUCUCGCUCAUCAAAGCCUUAUCACGUUCCUUCGCGAGACCCCGGAAUCGAACCAACCCCCAAAAGAAUAUCGAGCGGAUGCUUUAUCCACUCGGCUAACCGAACCACUGGACACCGCUCUUUUUUUCCGAGGGAAGAGAAAGAGGAAAUUUUUGUGGAACUUUCGGUCGAUUUUUCUCGUCGGCUAGGCUUAUUUCGCAGCUGGAAAUUGUCUCUUUUUACUAAAGUUGACAUGUUCUAUCCACCUGUACUGGUCAUUUUCCAAACGCUGGGGGAAGUUCAGACCAUUUCCUCGUAAAGAAUAAUUUUCUUUCCUUUUUAGCAAAACACUGUAGCCUUGGAAGAGGAAAGUCGCGCCAAGGAAAAUAUGCCUAUGCCUGAAAGUUCGUUGUUGAAAAGCGGAGUAAGUAUUUAAAGGUGUAGUAUCAUCUAUUUGAGGUAGGCAUACGUUCUCUUCUUUUUUUUGCAGGAGAAUGAUGUACUUGGAACCACUUUUCUAAAUGUGACUGAUGGAAGCCUAUGGAGAACAAAAAUUAAUAGCAGCCGGGUAAGCGACUGUUUUUUUCUUUUCAAAGAUUCUAAUUUGACUAACAAGGGAUCGGCAAAACCGCGCAUCCUGGUUUUUUCUUGAGACAUACACCAUUUGAAAGAGCGUAAAAAACUGGUCUAGGAUCACAUUUUAUUAGCUGCUAUUUUCGCUCUACGACUUAGCUAACGAGCGCUCUUUAGUUCUAGGUUUAUCUCACCUUUUUCCGAGGAAACAAAUCCGAACGGUUUCCAAAGCACAGCGCAGCAGUGCUUCGGUGGCAUAGUGGGGUAAGGCGCUGAACAAGGCGAACCUGCAGACCGGGUCCGAAACCCCCUUUGAUCUUUUUUGAUUUUUUCAAUAUUACAAACCAAAUAAGGUCUGGAAGUAGUGUUUGAGUUUCGUAUAGAUAUUUGUAGUAUAAUGGGAGCUGUUUUUUAACAAAAACCGAGAUUUUUUUUCAUUCUUUCGAAUUUAUAGUCCUUGCCCUUGAAGUGGGUAUUAUGGCUGAAAUUUUCAACGGCUUCCAAAUUUUUAAGAGUAAAGUCAGGUAAGCUUGAUCUAGGAAAGUACGUUAAAAUUGAGUCUGAAAACGGUUUACAUGUUUUCUACCCGCUAUGUUGCAUUGGGUUACACGACCUAAAAGAUCGUGUGAUCACAUAUUGUGAACAUCGACUUGGGUAUCUGAAGGUCGGAAAAAAGUAUGUAUUUUGCAUAGGAUGAAGCGUUGGACGUCAUGGGUAUUAGACAUAAGAAAAGUAAUUCUCCAAUCUCUUUAGCCUUUCAAAAGCAAAGAGUCGUGAAAUCCAACUAGGAAUUUUUAAAAAAUGCUCGCUAGCUAGGGCGUAAAGCAAAAAUAGCAGCUAAUAAAAGGUGAUCCUAGACCAGUUUUUUACGCUCUUUCAAAUGGUGUAUGUUUCAGGAAAAACCCAGGAUGCGCGGUUUUGCCGAUCCCUUCUAACAAUAAGGAAUAAUUUUCUUUCCUUUUUAGCAAUGCACUGUAGCAUUGGAAGAGGAAAGUCGGGCCAAGGAAAAUAUGCCUAUGCCUGAAAGUUCGUUGUUGAAAAGCGGAGUAAGUGUAGAUAAAUGCAAUUGAGAUAAGCAUAUAUUUUCUUCUUUUUUGCAGGAGAGUGAUGUCAUUGGAACCACUUUUCAAAAUGUGACUGAUGGAAGUCUAUGGAGAACAAAAAUUAAUAGGAGCCGGGUAAGGGGCUGUUUUUUUUCAAAGAUUCUAUGUUUGACUAAAGAAUAAUUUUCUUUCCUUUUUAGCAAUACACUGCAGCCUCGGAAGAGGAAUGUCGGGCCAAGGAAAAUAUGCCUAUGCCUGAAAGUUCGUUGUUGAAAAGCGGAGUAAGUGUAGAUAAAUGCAAUUGAGAUAAGCAUAUAUUCUCUUCUUUUUUUGCAGGAGAAUGAUGUCCUUGGAACCACUUUUCAAAAUGUGACUGAUGGAAGUCUACGGAGAACAAAAAUUAAUCAUUCAGAAGCUUUACAAGAGCCUCCAUUGCGCGAGGAGGAGGAAUUAAGCGAAAAUUUGAUGAACUUAUCAAUGAGUGAAUUCACUGGUCCCGUGAAUCCGUUAUUAAGAAAGUUUUCAUCAAAUUUGGCCCAGAAAUCUCGACAGAGUCUAAUGCCUUUGGAUCCGAGAAGGCCUUCGGUGCCACGGAUGUCCCUCGGUCCAAUGUUCAGGAAUUUGAGUCUGAAACGGAAAUCUUCAUUAAAUUCGGAGAUUUCGAACGGUUCAUCUCCUCAUACAUCAAGUGGAAGAUCUUCCAGAACGUCUGAGCCGUCCACUCCGAGGUCACCGGCUAGGAAGGUUAUGAGUUUGGUAAGCGAUAAUUAUUUGGUUGAUUCAAAAGUUUUCGCCAUUUUUUGUGACACUUUAAAAAAAAAUCCAGAUCAUGAUUGAAUGUAUGUUUAAAAUGAAAGCAUAUAUGUACGGGGUAGACCUUUGCAAAAUUCCAGAAUAUUUCAAAAACAUAAAAAAAAUCUCCGUUUGUGUCAAGGUGAGUAUCCCGGAGCCUAGUAAUUUUCCGGCUCACUAAAAAAUUCCGGGUUUGGUGUUAUUCGUACUUGGGAUGACAGUAGUUUCUUGUGAAAGUAUUGCUUUACUUAUAUGUAUCUACUCUGGCGUUUUUUGCAGCGUCUCAUAAAUUUGAGAGCCGAGUUCUCGAUCGAAGGCAGAUUUUAAAAAAAAAUUUUUUUGGAAGGGGUUCGAUGUUGUAAGAAGCUGUUAAUCUAAGGUAAUCCACAAGCAGCCCCAGCAUAUAUAUCGGGCAAAUUGGCAUUGGUUGAAAUUUUUAAAAAAUUUAAAGACAUGGCGGGAAACUUUUGAAUCAACCUAACAUUUAAAGCAAAUUACGGUGUUUUAACUUUUAGACCAAAAAAUCUUCCCCGAAAUUGGUGGAUCGAGUCAGGAUUAUGGAGCUGAUAAAAGCGGCACAGGAAAAAAGUUAUGCAUCGCCAACGAUCUCAUCCCUCAGCAAGUCGAAAAGUGAUUUUGGAUCUCCUGAUUUUCAAGUAGUAUUAAACCCGGGGAAGAGACGGGACAACAAGGAAGGGAGGUCAUCAGCAUUGGAGAUGAUCGCUUACAAUUAUCAGACACCAACUCGGGAUGAAAGAAAUCGUCCCUUGGAAGAAGAAGAACUGUUGAGUGGCCCAAUCCCUUCACAGCCGGCUCGGCUUAGUCAUUCCGUCAAUCCUAGGAUUCUGUUUGAUGGAGAGGGUGGGUUUUUAGGGAUACUUUUCGUGUUCUAUAUAGUUAUUUAGAAACGGUAAUCAAUUCGGGGGAUCUUUUAUCUCAGCCAAUUCAAAGUCAGAAGAACCAGCCGCUGGGUUUCCUGAAUGAGAGUGACAUUACUUUGGGUUCAGAGUCCCCGCUAAGGAAGGAGGAUGUCAGAAUCUCGACUGGGCAUCUUCCCAGCGAAAGUCACUUCUUCUCUGAUUCUGUGGUUGGUCUAGAGUUCUGUGAAGACUUACCCGGAUCGAGUCAAGACAGUGGAUUCGAUUCAACUAAAAUAAUGUCAUUUGCGAGAGAAUCAGACGACACGGGGGCGUCCCUCCAAUUAGAAGAAGGUCUCAGAUCUCCAGCUCCAAAACAUCUUGUUAUCGCCGCAAAGAAACAAAAACCAUUGAAAGAAGCCAAGAUUAGACCUCCGAAAAUAGUUGUCGUGAGUUUUGUUUCAUUUGUACAAGCUGGGAGAUUUUUGCGGCCCGAUUUAAAUUGGCUAUGACUUCUUUACUUUUUGGUCCAAAUCUUAAGAUUUUUCCCUUAAUCGGAUGUUAAAGUUGUCUGUCUGAAAAUGGAACAUAGUGUUGAACAAAAAAGUCAGACUGUCGUUUGGUGUGGCUGUAGAUACUCAAAUUCAAAGGGUUAUGGGCGUUGGAAAAUACAGUUUUUACCUAAUUUUGUCCAUAAAUUUCGAUUUUUUUGGCAAAUUUCACCUUUGUUUGGGCCCAAAACGUUGACUCAAUUUUGCGGAUUUCAAAAUUUUCUAUCUUCUACCGUUCCCGAGAUAUAUCCGAUUUUCGAGAAUUUUUUAAUUUUAUUCAUCUGUAUAGCAUAUUCGGUAUCAAGAAAAGCGGGAGAUUCUGAGGGCUCGGGAAAAAAGAAUAUUUGGCUGAAAAAUAAAGAAGUUAUAGCCAAUUGCAAUUGAAAUUGGGCCGCAAAUUGCCUUACCCUAUUUAUAACUUUUUUUUUUUUAAUUUUAGGGCGCUGAUGAAUUUGCAUCGGAUCAUAAUUUGAGAAGGUCGACGAGAACAAGACCAACGCGGCGACUGAAUCAUGGUGCUGGAGAACGUCUGAUCUACUCUCCUGGAGGAUGUAAGUUGAUCCUCUAUGGAAUGCUGUAUUUUUAGCUGUUAUUGGAAUUGAACAGGGCAAAAUCUAUCAUCCUUUAUGUAUAAAGUACAAUACACCUGAUCUUGCGAAGGCUUUUGAAAUGGAUAAGAAGGCGAAAAAAAAUAGAGCUGAGAUGAGGAAGGUGCAGAGGGAAGGACGAAAUCAGAGACUCGCCCAGUCUCAGUAA